UGUCCCAUUAGUCAGUAAAUGUGUCACACCUGCAGAGAGCGGAUUAGAAGCAUGACAGCAACCUUUUUUGCGGCGCCUAUAAAAUCCCCACCUGGCUAAUGCACCACAUGGCAACCAGGCAAACACAGAGACAUAUAACAAAUUUGGCUUCUUCUGCAGCUCCGAUGGAAGACAGCAGAAGAAGAGCGAUGGUGCAGGUGGUGAUGUUGGCAUUGGUGCUACACGCCGUCCUGUGCCAGCACUGGUCCUACGGGUGGCUACCAGGCGGGAAGAGAAGCGUGGGAGAGCUGGAGGCCACCAUCAGGAUGAUGGGUACAGGCGGUGUGGUGUCUCUUCCUGAAGAGACGAGUGCCCAAACCCAGGAGAGACUCAGACCAUACAACAUAAUUAAUGAUGCCGGUUAUUUUAACCGGAAGAAGAGGUUCUCCUAUGAAUGAAGUCAAAAGUGUAAAAAGAAAAUCAGGUUGCAUUCACAUUGUAAAGAGCACAGUGAUGGAUUGUUCACCUGUCAUCACUCUUAUGAUGUAAAUCAUCCAUGUUUGCUGCUUCAAACAGUGAAAAAUUGUAAUAAAGUUUUUGAAUCCCAAUCAGCUUA